AUGGACGUGCACCAGCUUGCUUCCUCCUCAACGGAGCCUCCACCCUCCCCAUCCGCCAAGACUGCGGAGAAGAUCCAGGUUGUGGAAAAGGUCAAGAAGUCCCACCAGUGGGAUCCCAACCUGCCCCAGGAAAAGGUUGACGAGAUAUCUGCUGCACUCGAUACAGGCGAGGUAGAGGUUAUCGCUGAAGUCGAGAAAGACCUCGCAACCAAGUCGCCAUACGAGGAAGUCCGGGCUGCCGUCCGUGAAAUCGACAAUGAAGAAUACGCGAACACCGUGAGGGCUUGGGUUCUGGGGAUGCUAUUUGUGACAAUCGUCUCCGGAGUCAAUAUGUUUCUGAGCAUGCGCAGCCCAGCAAUUACCAUCCCCGCUGUGGUCGUGAUCCUCAUUACAUAUCCCAUUGGCGUUCUCUGGUCUAAGAUUGUGCCCAUGCACAAGUUCAAGACUUUUGGUGUUGAAUGGUCGCUCAACCCCGGACCCUUUUCCGUCAAAGAACAUGCUGUCAUCACGCUCAUGGCCAAGAUUACGGCGGAUUACCCCUAUUCGACCAAUGCUCUCGAGGCAUUACAGGCACCAUCGCUAUACAACCAUAAUCUCGGAUGGGGAUUUGCUCUCAUGUUCACCCUGAGCAGUCAGAUCAUUGGUAUCUCCAUGUCAGGCAUGUUCCGACGAUUCUUGGUCUGGCCAUCUGCAAUGGUCUGGCCUGGCCAAUUCGGUACCACUUCUCUGCUCUAUACGCUGCAUGACAACAGCAAGUCUGAGAAGGUCAAUGCCAAUGGCUGGAAGCUUUCUCGAUACAGGUGGUUCUGCUAUCUUGCAAUUGGGUCAUUCUGCUACUACUGGCUCCCGGCCGUCAUCUGGCAAGGACUCUCAGUCUUCGCUUUCAUCACCUGGAUCAAGCCCAACAGUGUUGUUGUCAAUCAGCUCUUUGGAGGUGUGUCAGGGUUGUCUCUGAUUCCCAUCACCUUUGACUGGACCUACAUCUCCGCUUAUUUGCAGAACCCUAUGCUCUCUCCAUGGCACUCGCACCUGAACUGUCUUAUUGGACUUGGAAUCUUCGUCAUCAUUCCCACACUCGGCAUGGCGUACUCCGGGACAUUCUUCUCCGAGUACCUGCCCAUCAACACCUCGCGAACUUUCGACAACACGGGACACAGGUAUAAUGUGUCUAGGAUUCUUACGCAUGACUUCAAGUUUGAUGAGGAGGCUUACAAGAACUAUUCUCCCAUGUUCCUCGCACCGACGUUCUUUCUCAACUACGGUCUCUCGUUUGCCACCCUGACUGCUGCGCUGGUCCACACAGCCCUCAACCACAGCUCCGAAAUCUGGUAUCGCUUCAGGGCAGCCGGAAAUCAAGAGCCAGACGUGCACAUGACCAUGAUGAGGAAGUACAAAGAGGCUCCCGACUGGUGGUACGGGAUUGUCUGGGUUUGCGCCAUGGCACUAGGUCUCGCGACGGUCUUGGGCUACAGCACUCAGCUCCCAUGGUGGGGAUUCAUCGUCUCGUGCCUCAUCGCCUUCGUGUUCAUCAUCCCACUGGCGAUGAUCAUGGGCAUCACCAACAUCCUCAUCUCGCUCAAUGUUCUGUCGCCGUUUAUUGGUGGAUUCAUUUUCCCUGGACGCCCCAUCGCCAACAUGCUUUUCAAGGUCUACAGCACGAUUGUCCUAGGACAGGCUCAGGUAUUUAGUGGUGACCUCAAGUUUGCUCACUAUAUGAAGGUGCCUCCCCGCACCACCUUCUUCUGCCAAAUCUCCGCUGCCAUCUGGUCUGUGUUCGUUCAGAUUGCCGUCAUGAACUGGGCUUUGGGCAACAUUCCAAACAUCUGUGAGGCUGACCAGGAGAGCAACUUCACCUGUCCCAACGGAAGCACCUUCUUCUCAUCAAGUAUCGUCUGGGGUGUCAUCGGGCCCCGAAAAUUCCUAGGCGCCGGCACCAUGUACCAGUCGAUCCACUACUUCUGGCUCCUCGGCGCCGCCCUCCCCGUCAUCCUCUUCUUCAUCUCGCGCAGGUGGCCCAAGUCCAUCUUCCGCUACCUCCACGCCCCCGUCCUCCUCGGAUCCCUUGGCUGGCUCCCGCCCGCCACGCCCCUCAACUUCUCCACCUGGGCCGGCGUCGGCCUGCUCUUCAACUUCUGGAUCAGGCGCCGCUGGAACGCGUGGUGGAUGACGUACAACUACAUCACUGCCGCCGCUAUCGACGUCGGGCUGAUCAUCUGCACGCUGAUUGUGUUCUUUGCGCUGACCCUGCCGGGGGUUGAUGUGCCGCAGUGGUGGGGGAAUGUCAAGGUUUUUGAGACUCUGGAUGCUAUGGGAACGGCUAUUAGGAAGGUUGUCCCCGAAGGUGAGACGUUUGGACCAGCCAGUUGGUAA